GCCCGGAGCUCUGAACUUCGCUCACUCCAUUGGGCAAAAUUUCGCGCCUUUUUUUAUCGCUUCUGUGGCAACUUUACAUUAUCUUGGUCGUUUUGUUCACUGAAAAAAUAUUCUGCAUUUCAUUAAUGUGGAGGGAGAACAGGAAUAUUGCUUGUGAGAGGAAAACUCGGCAGAGAUAAAAUCCUCGGUCGUGAGGAAGUCUCAAGAGACGCCGCCCGCAGCAGCUGCCUCCGCGCCCCCCAAACCCCGGGCGAUGUAGGGCGCGUGGAAGCCCUCGAGCCGCCCGAAAGGAAGGAGAAGGAGGAAGCCCAGCGCCGAGGAGGAGGAGGGCGACGCGGCGGACAUGAGGAGGAACGCCACCUUCCGCUUCCCGGCGCGGGACCACUACCUGCCGGAAGAGGUCAACUUCUGGACGAUGGCCAUUGUGGCGGUUGGCACGGGCUUUAUCUUCACCGUCGCCGUCUCCAUCUAUCUUAUCUGCCAGACGCGGCUGGAGCGGCCCCUCACGGUGCGGCACCAGCGGACGGUGCGCCACAUCAGCCAGGGGCCCGACGCCUUCCCGCUGCCUCACGACCCCCGAGGGCGCAAGGGGGACUACCUACGCCCCCCCUUGCACUGCCUCCACGCCCCCUCCGCUCUCCCCCGCGUCUUGGACGACCCCGAGUAGACCGCCUGGACGCCAGCGGCCCCUUCCUCGACUCCGUCACUUCAACCUCGAGCGAGUUUUGGCGAGCAAACUCUAUCAAGAUUUUUUGCUUCGAAUUGACGAAAGACUUCCUGACAAGUGACUUUUUUCGCCGUAGUAUCUCAGAAUAUUCUGUCCUUUAAAACAUACAUUGCAGAAUGAUUUAAUGCACAUUAAGUAGUCGAUCGAAAAUGCAUGUAAUACAAAAAAAUAGAUAAAGGUUGCUAUCU